CUGUGUGGCAACAUUGUCAGGUUAUGUGAAUGUUUCGUAAAACUGAAGUGGCGGAUUAAAUGAAACUGACUUUUCAAAGUGAUGCAGUUAAAUCAGGAAAUUUGACUGUAUUUUCUUGACAUUGAAAGGUAUUGUGUCCAGCUGAUCUUAAGUGAAAAAGUACUUUACAAUUCUUUGAUGCAAGAUUAAGGUGAAACAAGAAAUUUGACAGAAAUUUGGAUAUAUUGCAUGGCACUUGAAGGUGACAAGAAAAUGGAAGACAUUGAUACUUCUUUAUUAUUUCCGGAUGUCAUUAUGGAAGUGGAAAACGACCCAAUCACGACCAGGAAUGAGAGCAAUUUGCCAGGCGAGUCUGAUCAAACUUCAUCACCGUACGAUUUUAAUAUAACUGGAUGCAAGGCAACUUUCAAAUUAUCAGAUGAAGACCAUCGUCUGAAGAAGGCACUUUAUACUGCUGAGAAUCCCGUGCAGAAUACUAAGAUCCACUGCACAGCUUGCAACGCCCACCUUGGAAGUGCGAUCAAGAACAUGGACAAGGUUUUCGUUCAUCCCCUGCUGAAAGUCAUCGUUUGUAACGAGUGUUUCGAUUACUAUUCGAGCGGUUGUUUCGAAAAGGAUGAAGACGGAAGCGAGUUGUUCUGUAGAUGGUGUGGACAAGGAGGUAAAGUGAUCUGCUGCAGCAGCUGCCCCAUGGUGUUUUGCAAGCUUUGCAUUCGUAUGAACUUCUGCAUUGAGAAGUACGCCGAAAUAAGAGAUAAGGAUGAAUGGAAAUGCUUCGUUUGUGAACCAAGUCAGAUAAGGGCUUUGAGGGUGCAUUGUUUGGAGUUCGCCGACUACGUCAGGAAAGAGAUUUUACGACUCGCUUCCGUCGAAAACUUGAAGCCGGCUAUGGAAAAGGACCAUACGUUUUGCUGCUCACCCUCCAGAGCAACCAGGAAAAGGUUGCGCGUUAAAGACCCUGAUUAUGUUCCUCACGUCUCAAAAACCACCGACGCAGAAGAAGAACAAGAAGAUGAGAUUAAAAAAACUCGUAAACUACAGAAAGAAGAUCCCGAAGUCAAAAACCCUGCUAAACAGAAUCGUCCUGGUGUUUUAGGACAGGACAUGGUGAUACAUGAUCACUCUUAUUGUCUACCACCAGCUCAGGAAACCUCCAAGAAUCCACCAAGGUUGCUGAACCUCGAUGUGGCAAGCAAAAACCCCGUCCUUCCUCAAAAACCUGUAGACGCUUCCAUUGUAUCCAUCUCCCGAGUCCCACCUCUCACAUUGCCCACUUCUUUACUCCCCAACCGGUUCCUGGUGAAGCAAAACGUUCCUCUCCAAAAGCAACCAACUCAAGGGGAAGCCGUGGCAAUACCCAACGAGAAGAAUGUCCCUCCUCUUCCGUUUUUGAUCCUGAAGGACUCGAAAAUGCUGGUAAACGUACUCAAAAAUGGCAAGGCUCUGCCAGUGAUCCGCCUCAAGCAGAGAGCCCCAGGGGGUGGUAGCGAACCAGGUGGAGAAGGUUUAGCGAAACCUCCUAUACAGUUUUUAAGGAUAAAGAGAGUCGAGAAGUUGGAAAAGGCUUCCUCUUCCGAGGAAAAACCAACACUUCAGCUCUCACUGGAUGAAAAGUUCCAGCUCACGAAGACAGCUAUCCAGGAAGCAACGCUGGUCAACGGAAUCUUCGGAUCGAACCUCAUGAAGUUGAACAGGGAAUUUUCGAAGGCAAAAUACUUGGAGGACUUCAUCAGAAUUAACAACGAGCUGCAGCGGUUUCUAAUUUUGGCGGCGGAUAAUCUGUUGAAGGUUCAUCGGCAACUUUUGCAAGUCUCCAGAGAUCGGGAAGCGAGCGGAAAAGUUUCGUUUCGGCUCGGGGUAUGAUUUUGUAGAUGCGGACCUGUGAUUGGUUCCUGGGGAACACCGUGGAAUGUUUAACAGUUUCUUUUGUUGUGUACGUUUUUUAUUAUGUAAAUUAAUCGCAGUGGUGAUGAUAGUAAAGUAAUGUUUUUUCAUAA